GGCGAUGUUCCAGCUUAUUGAAGUCAUGGAGCGCCUUCAGCAGCUGCUAUCCUUGCUGGAUGUGUUGCACAAGUCUGGAUGUCUUCAGGCAGUCCUGCAGAAUCCUUUGCUACAAGAGCCAAAGUUGGGGCUUAGCGAAGUCGGAAUUGAGAGUCAGUCAGCUUUCGUAUUGAAGAUAUUGAACUUGGGCACUUCGCCACCCGACCCAUGCUCUUCUUAUCAUUUUGUUUUUGGUUGUGGUGCAAUUGGCAGCAUGGUUAAACUGUUGCUGAAAGCACUACUCACCAUCAAGGACACUAUUAGGUGGAGGCCAUCGCAAGUAGGUUGGAGGCCAUCGCUACUAGUAACAAGAAGCUACUAGUAGCAAGGACUUACCAUCAAAUUAGGAACUUCACAAGUCAGAGAACUUCUUCAAUUACCUUGCCUUUUCAGACACUGAAUGCAUGCAAGUGCUUGAAUCGCCCGUCCUGCAACGGAAAACACACGUGUAUGUCGACAUCAUUUGUUGUACUAUAGCAUCUUAUAUAUAGUCUUUGGCCAAUGCUGUCGCGGACAAACCAGUUUACAACUCUGAGGCCAGGUUACACAUUGGAGGCGUACAGAUUCAGCAGUGCUGUACUGUCCUGAUGAAAGCAUCCUCAGGAAUUACUUCAUUGCCAGGAAACUUGACGCCCAUGCGAUAAAGCUGGAGCAGAUUUAGAUUUCAACAGACCAUUAUUUAUGCACAUGAUCACGUAUUCGCAUGAUGAGACGCCAACGAGGUUUCUAUCUGUCAGCUCUGAGAGGGAGGAACUAUGCGCACAUGACAUUUUAACCGUUUUUCUGUCGCCUAAGGGGCAUCACAGAGCAAGCACUGGUUAUGAAUCAAUCGGAAACCAUAUUCAAAAAUUACUAAUGACAUCGCGUGAACCACCAGAAGACCCGAGGUGAUCUAUCCCCACAACACACGCUUUUGCAAAAAGCAGAGUAUCACCAAUGAUCACCUUCUUUUCAACUUACAUCAAACGUCAAGUUGAUCACUUCAAACGUCAGGGCUUUGCAAAGUGGACGCUUUUCUAGCGUGCUUCUUGCAGGCAUCGCCGACUGCAUCUUCGAUGCUUCUCUCCACCAAAUUGAAGAAUUUGGUUUUAUGUCCUCAGAAUAUGUGGCCGGUGGCUGGGGCCUUGAAGAUCUAGGUCCAUUCAAGUAUGGACAGCACUUUCUCAAGACUUUUACUUAACCUUCCUUUUCUUUUGUUUCAUUGUAGUCGCCUUUGCAAUAUUUCAUGCCAUGUUGUCACUUUGCCUCUGGAACAGUCAACCGUUGUACUGUAGGUAUUGUGCCUGCACUCAAGGGUGGAAAAUCUUCAUGUCAACUAGAUUGCGGACACGAUUUUGUAGAUGCUCAUCUUCGUGUCCUGUUACUUUGUUCAGUUUAGGUGCAGUUGUGCAAUGCUCUCAUUUUGGAGGCUGACUUUCGUUGUUAGCUAGCAUAUCCGGUGCUUCUGCAGGAAGGAAAGCGUUUGUCGUUUGUGCACUGCUGGUCAGUGUUCUGCCGUGUUCCAGUGCACUGUGUCAGUUAUCAAUCAGUGAAAAAAGCUGUGUCAACUAUUUUGCCAGGCUAUCCGCAAAGAAGAUGCUGCUGAAGGCAGAAGCUGACGGCAUAUGUCGCGAACUGCAGGA